CAUUCGGGACGCGUUCACGACGUGUGUGUCCGGGACCGGGUGCUUUUCGCGGGAUAUUCGCGUGCGAGGAUUUUUCCGACGACGGAUGCCCUUUGUGACGCGUGUGACGAAGCGUGUCGUCGUGGUCCAGUGUCCGCAUCCGGGUCAAAACGGGCGGCUCCGGUAGGUUUUUCGUUUCGAAGCAAAGUUUGGACCUGGUGUGUUUUCCAAGGUCUGGAACUUAGUUUGCACCCUAGAGGGUAUCUUCCUUGGUUUGGGGGGCAAAACGGGCACACCUGGAGGAUUGUGAGUUCCGGGAUCCUGGUGGGCGGAUUGGAUCCGGAGGAAUUUGCACGGUUCGGUUUCGUUUGUUCUCCAGUUUUCUAUCGGGAAGUCAUGCUGGUGUAAUCGAGCAGCGUUAGCAUUAUUAAUUAUUCAUCGCUUUUCCGCCAGUUGAUGAAGAUGAGAUUGGCCGGGUCGUGGGAAAAGCAGAUGACGAUAAGACGAUGCUCUGUGGACUGAGAAACGACGCUUCUCGUUUUCGGCGGUGGGAAAAGUUGUGAAUGAUAACAGUCCGAUCGCUGUCACUCGAUUGUACCUACAGCUGGCAGCAAAUCGGUGUGGGAUGAGGUCGAUCCAGUUCAGUGUAGCUAUCUUGUACAAUUAAUCCGGUUGGAUGUCGAUAGAUCUGGACUUGCCACAGCUGUCAUUCUCUGUUGGGCAAACUGGACCACCCGAAUUGGCCGACAGGAGGGGUGAAUAAUUAAUUCGAUAAUGAAAAUAUAAUCUGAUUAUACCGAGAGAUAUAUUGGAAAGAGUUUUUCCUACCCUUUGUCGUGAAUUUCUUGAAAGAUUCCAACUGUACCAGUACGUUGCAGGAUAAUAAUGAUGCUCUAAACCGAAAUGCUGACGAUGAUGACAAUGAUGGAAAUCUUUCUCGAUGAUACGUCUUGAUGGGAACCGGUAAUUUACUUAUCACCCUUUAAUGUGCUAAAGUACACAGUUGAGAUUUGAGCUAAACGGCUCGUCCUUUCAAUAUCCGCCUGUUCGACAAAAUCACUGUAAGGCGAAGUCUGGGUCUGUUAUGCCUCUGUCUCAUUCUCUUGAGGUAGGGCUUUAUGUGUAUGAAUGUCUGUGAAUGUGGGCGUGGGGUUGUGAUUCUACCUUCCUUCUUCCAAAGAAGGGGAGCUACUACAGGAAAUUGGUCGUGAUUUAUGAGUUCAGUGAACAUGAUUCAGUGCAGUUUAAGUGAAGAGUUAUUGCAACUGGUUGUGCGGAAUGAAUGAGAAUACUCUGGCAGGAUCGCCAUGGUAUGAAGCACUAGCAGCAGCCGACUCCUCUAGAUGAAGUGCAGUGGCAGUGAAAAUUUAGCCCCUCAGCUUUCUCGAUGUCAGUGCAAGUGCACUUUCUUCAAAUAUCAAGUGUGAACUACUGUAAAGUAUCGAUCUUGAGGCGGAAAACCUUUUUGUACCACACGUAGCCAGAAAAAAAAACCGUUUUCGUUUUGGCACGGGGCUUAUCAGGUGAGUGGAAUCAGCGGAACCCAUAACUCGUGACUGCUGAUGUGAAAAAAGUGAAACAAUAUUUUUCGGCGGCUGCCAGUUGCCUGCGAAAAGCAAAAAAAAACCGCAGGCACGUUCUCAAACCUAUAGUGGAAGCGUGAAAAUUUUUGGAAUAUUGCAAAAAACUUGUGUCUGACCGACGACCGAUAACUUUGAAUUGGAAUCGACCGACCGACCGACCGAAAGCGGCGAACCAGCAGUUGUUCCUGCAGCCAGGCGAAAGGAAUGACUCAUCUCGAUCUCAGAUAGGAACUAUUCCCUUGACCAGGUGUGUGUUUCAAGUGAAUGUGUGAAGUGCAGCUGUAAGUGAAAAUCUACGACACUCGUCAAAAUUCUGUUGAAGUUUUCUUAGCUAAGGGGAGCAGAAAGAGAAAAAACCGAUCCGACAGAUUGUAUCGGCGGGCGUUCAGGUGAACGUGAGUGCUUUUUCCCCCUUCGAUUUGCUGUUCGAAUGCAGGCAGGUGUGCAGUAGAGUGAUUUUUUCCCUUCUUUUCGUUGGCUUUGAAAAGCUCCGAAACCAAAAAACGAGUGAAGGAGUUUGAAAAAAGCAAGCCAAUAUAAGCCAUGGAGGAAGCUGUGGCCAUCGUCGUUCGGAACCGGAAGGGCCAAACCGGAGAAUGUUCCCACUGCCGACUGACUAGCUGGCAAGGGAGCAGCUGCGCAGAUUGGAGCAGGAAGCCUUCGAAAGCAAUGGAAAUUGUUAAAAUAACUAUGCUGCUAGCACUGGCAGUGGCGAUGCUCACAAUGCCUGGAUUAGCAAAAGCCAAACAAACACACUCGUUAGAAAGUCAACCGGACUACAAUAAUGAAGCCAACUUCCCUCGGUUUGCGGAACCCAUCCCAAAUAUUACGGUCACGAUCGGGAGGGACGCUCUCCUGGCGUGUGUUGUCGAGAACCUCAAAGGCUACAAGGUCGCCUGGGUUCGAGUGGACACGCAGACGAUAUUAUCAAUUCAUCACGCCGUGAUAACACAGAAUCCCCGGAUCAGCCUGACCUACAACGACCAUCGAUCCUGGUAUCUGCACAUCCGGGAGGUGGAGGAAAACGACCGAGGCUGGUACAUGUGUCAGGUCAACACCGACCCGAUGCGGUCACGGAAGGGCUAUCUGCAGGUCGUCGUGCCCCCGGCGAUUGUGGAAUCCAUGACCAGCAACGAUAUGGUGGUUCGGGAGGGUUCCAACGUCACCUUGGCAUGCAAGGCCAAAGGCUUCCCGGAACCGUACGUGAUGUGGCGUCGAGAGGACGGCGACGAGAUGUCCAUCGGGGGCGAAAACGUGAACGUGGUGGAUGGGGAAGUUCUUCACAUUACCAAGGUUAGCAGGCUUCACAUGGCAGCGUACCUGUGCGUUGCAUCCAAUGGUGUGCCCCCGUCUAUCAGCAAACGGGUUCAGCUCCGGGUACAAUUUUGCCCCUCCCCACCAGGUCGAAAGGCAAAUAAAAAGCUCGAUCCGCUAAUGGUCGGGGACUAUGGCGUCGAGGAGUGGCGGGAAAAUGAUCCCUCGUUAAGACAUCCCCAGGGGGCAUUCCACAACGGGGCGAGCAGCAGAGGCCGGCGAAGUCCGACGACAGGGUCCCUGUUCCUGGCACUUCCGGGGGCGCUGUGGCCCACGAUGACGACGAUGGCCGCAGCCCUGGUGAUAGCCCUGGUUCCCAUCAUCUCGGCGCACGAUUUCCGGCCGACGACGUUACCUGGGCUUCCGAAUCGGCACAUCAACAGAUGAAAAUGAGAAAAUCGUCGUCGAACCGAACCUCAUGUUGCCGAUGCUGCGGGCAAUCAGCAACAACAACAAUCAUCAUCAUCAUCAUCCCAUUCAUGCACGGCAUCCUCAACUACCAAAUCGACGAGCACAUUCAACAACAUCGGUGACCGUCAUUAUCGACUGUAGUGGGCAAAUUGAACGACAACAUGCGCCUGGUUCCAGUCGGAUCGAGGUACUUCCGAAAUUCCCUCCGGGAGAUGAGGACGGAGUAUUCCAGGAACCAGGCAUUUGUUCUGCAUUAAGAAAAUAGCAUCAACUCAUCUGGUAAUAUCAACAUACAUAGGUACAGAAACACAUCCGCCAACGAACGCUUGGGCCAUCUCAAUAGUAGCUGAAUAUACACAACAAACAAGAAUAAAGCAGAAAAAACACUUAUUUUUAGGGUAAGUUAAGGAUCCAAUCAGGAGAUCUCUCUCUAUGAACAAAUAGAAGGAAUCUAAAUAGCUAAAGUUUGUAUACAAAGCGGAAAGGAGGACCGAAGACGACAAAGUGCAAUGGAACUAGUAGGUUGGUUAUGACUGUUGGGGAAAUACAUUUCUAUAAAUACUAAACAAUAAGAAAAAAAAAAUCUAACCAUAGAAAUAAUAAACAAGCUACACCACCAAUGAUGUAGCCCAGAGAGUGACAAGAGAUUAUAAGCGUAUUUGUUGUUGACUUACUCAUGGGAAGCGAGUUCAAACCACAGCCAAGGUCCUUUCGUUUGUAAAUAAAUUAAACGUUGAUAGUGUAGUUCUUUCCAGCAACCAACCGUAGAACAGGCUUUCAGUAGUAGGUGAACGCGGGAACUGCAUUCAUUUGGCUGCUUUCCCGGAACGAUGAGGGCAGAUUAUGGUGAAGGGUCGUUUUUUGUUAAUUGAAAUAUAAGGAUUUCUAUUCGAUGAAAUUUUUGAUUAUAACAAAUUUGUUCAUUUCCGGGUUUUUUUAAGAUAUUUUCAAUUACAGAAAAUUGAAAUUUGCUUAUUUAUUCCCGUUACGAAUCUGUUUCACUGUAAGAGACUUCUUUAUUGAUGUCAGCUUACGAUUCAGGAUCACAAAACCUGUUACCAAGAUUCUUGAAAAAUGUGUAUGAUUUAUUCUUAAUUCUGAACCUUGAUCUUCUGACUAAAAUCAUGAUCCUUGUUUUGAUCGUGAAUUUGAUCUGGAUCCGGAUCCCAUAUUCUAAUAUUUGAUUCCUAUCCGGAUUUUGAUGCCUGAAGUUUAUACUUAUUACUUAUUCUGGAUUCUUGACUCUGGUUCCCAAAUCCACACCCUUAGUUUAGAUUCCAGAAUAAGUAAUCAGCAUCAGAAUCAGGAAUCAAGAGCAGCACCGCAACAGAACUAGAAAACAAAAUCAAGACCCGGAUAAGAAUCAAAGAUGAAGAUACGGGGUAUGCAAUUCCUGAUCAAAAUCUAAUUAAUCAUCGUGAUCAGAAUCUAGAUCAGAUGUCGUAGUAAGGCGUAGAGGAUAGCCUUUAUCCCAAGUAACAAUUUAAGUUUUAUGCAAACCUUCACAGCUCACCAAGGCCGGAUUAAAGGGGGGGGGCAAAAGGGGCAAUUGCCCCGGGCCCCCCGGCUCAGGGGGCCCCCCGAGGGAAAGCAAUUUUUUACAUUACUUUGAUCAUACUACUACAAAUCCAUGCAAAAGAAAUCGAAACUAGAAAAUGUGAAUGAAAACUUGAAAUAUAAAAACUAAAGAGCCCCCGUGAAAUAAUAUCUAGAUUGGUUUUUGUCUUAAAAAAGUUAAGGGAGCUCCCUAGAGUAAGCAGUGAAGGAGUUCUCCCACAUUUUGUGAGCUGAGAAUAUCAAAAUCUUCUGGACAGAACGAAAUUCGAAAAAAAAAAUUAAGAGGAAUAUGAACCAAAACACCUCAAUUUUUCAUUUUUUAUCGAAUUUAUUAAAUUUAUCAGUUACGAUAUUCUGUGCAGAACAGGUAAAAUGAAGAAAAAUCUUCUGAUUUUCAUUACAUUCAAACGUCUUGCACAACAAUAAUGUUUGUUGUUACGUUAAGUUUCCAAGUUACGGUUUACUGCACUUAAAUAGCAGCUAAUUUCGCUUUAUGAUAAACAUUUCAAAAUUUUACCCGGGCAGUAUCCGGGUUAAUACCGCGAAUUAUAAUAACUUUUCACCUUUCAAUCAUUAUUAUUGAAAUUUUGAUUGGUUUAUAAAUUCUAAACACUUUUCCCUCCCUAUUUUUGAAAGUAAAAUCUUUCAAAAAAACUGUAGUUGCUUAAAUUGAACCAAUCGGCAGUACAGAUUUUCUUUAAUGAAUCUCCAUCUCAAUUUCUGUCUUAGAUUUGAAAUUUGUAUUGGAACAUUUUCAACUGAUUUAACCAAAAUUGUAUCAUCUACUGAAGUAAAUUUCCUGAAUUCAGUAUAUCAUUUUCCAAAUGAUCAUUCUCAAUUUAUAAAAACAAUCUGAUAGUUGAGUUGCUUGUAUCAUUGAGUAAUUUUCUUAAUAUGAAUAUUUCUAUGAUCUUAAUCUUAUCUUUUUCCAGAUUCAAUUCAUUGGGAUUUUCAAGUCUUGUGUUGUUUCUUCAGCUACUGAAGUACAGUUCCAUCAUUUUUUUGAAUUUUGAAAAUUCAGGAUCAUUGUUUAAGGUACUAAACUCAUUUGAGUUCCUUACCUGAUUUUUUAAAAUGAUAACUGAUUCUUUGUUUUAAACAUUUGAUCUUUAUUCUAAUUUUUUUUUCAACCGAUCAUUUUUGUACUAAUACCCCUUUGGCUUUGAGGGCAUUGAAUGAAACUUUCGUCACAUUUAGAAUUUUUAUCUGAUGAGAAUCAUAUUCAAAAACAUCUCAUGAAAAGAUUUUUUUGUGUUUCAAAGACAUAUAUGUUCUAUAGAAUUGAAAUGCUCA